ACGCCUGUAAACCCGAGAGCGUUACUUCAAAGCAGCUCUCACAUUUUCACCCACUUUAAGAGCGGUAAGCGUACUGUUUACAUCAUUUUAAAGCCAUUGCUUUUUUUUUACCUGCGUUUGUAUUAAAAAAUGCAUUGAAUCUUGUUUGUUAUAGAUUUCCAUUUGUGAAAAUCAUUGUGUUUGCUUGAAUAAUAUCUAGUGGACUUAAGCUUUUACAGGAAUACGGCUUAUAAUUCUUCUCAUAAGCAAUUAAUAAAUAGCUGUAUUCAUAUACAGUAUGCACGACCACACAGGAACCCGUCUAGAUGUCUCCGGCAGACUUCAAGAGCUUUAACCAACACCACGAAGAGCGAGGAAGCUUCACGCGUCCUCAUUUAAAGACACCAGGUGUUGUUUUCAAUGAAGUUGGAUCUAUCAUCUAAAUUAGUCUUUUUCUUCUUGUUUAGACUAUUUUGCUCUGAGGGGUGGUUGUUACUGAAGAGCCACUCUGUGCUUAACUUAGGCAUGGAUCGACUGUGCGGUAUAAUCCUUAUUCUUUUACUCACAGAAGAAGCCCUUCAGGAGGAACAAAUGAACGUCCGUCUGGAACCAAAGCACAUUAAAGUUUGCGAAAGAGCUUCGGUGACAAUCAACUGCACUUUUGAGUCGGAUGAAUAUGUGAAAAAAGUGAGCUGGCACUACAGCCAGACAUCUGUUUUAAACUGUGGAUCAGCUAACAAGAUACCUGAAGAUAAGCGUUUUAUAAGAGAGAAAAGUAAAGACUGGUCAGCACUCAACAUUACUUUUAUCAGAACCAAUGACAGCGGAUGGUACUUCUGCAAGAUUACACAAGAUAUCCCAGUUCUCAUACAACGCUGCAGUAAUCCGACACAAGUUAUAGUCGAUACCCCCAGCCCCAGCCCCAUCCCCAGCCCCAGCACCAGAACCAGAACCAGAACCAGAACCACAGAACCUCAGAAUCAGACACUGAACCUGACUACAGAUUUACCUACAACUUGCGGGACCAAUGGUAAACCCAAUGCUACAGAAAUGUCAACACAAUCCAGCUUUCCUGAGUGGUGCAUAUGGCUAGCGCCGGCCAUCGGAUGUGUAGUUCUUCUGCUGUCAAUUGUUGUCAUAUUCCUCUUGACUCGCAAACCUAAAGAGAUCAUAUACGAGAACACCAAACCAGCCGAAUCGAGCUGCUGGAGGAGAAACCGGGCCAAGAUGGACAUCUGCGACCUGCCUGCGUCCAAAAAAACUGAAACCAUUAAACCGCUAAGGAAGUAUGACACUCUUUCAAGCAACAGAAUCAGAAGGCCAUAAGUCCUCCAUAUGAAAGAACCGUCCUUCGAAAACACAUGCCUCGCUGUACACACAUAUUUAAUUUAGUAACGUAGCAUUUCCCGAUAUACGGGAAAUUGUAAAUACAAACCCGUUUUUUUUCUACAGAAAGAGAUACAUGAGAAAACCUGAUUUUUUUCCCCCUUAAUGGCUUCUAGCUGUAUCAUACCGAAACGUUCUGUGGUUACCAAUAAAUGCGAAUAACCACCAAAAAACAAAAAUCUGUCACACUUUUUCCAACUCUCUUAAUAAUACAUUGUCCUUACUAAUUAAUGCAGGGCUAAUUGGUCUAUGGCGGCCAUUUCAUGAUUAGAUAACAAACCGCGUGAUGUGACAGUGGUGAAUGAGGGAAUCAAAUGAGGAAUCGAGGCGUUUCACAGCUAUGAAUCAUGAAUUCUUUUGUAGUCGUUAAAGGAACUGAGCAUUUUCGCGCUUUAACACAGUCCCGCGCCCGCCGUUCACGUCAGUUAUUGACUUUAAUCGGGUCAGACGCCAUUUUGACUUUAACGCGGAGGACGCAGUGGCACGUUAAUAACUUCCAAACACUGCUCUGCGGUGAUUUUGUCUACUGGAAGUUUGGAGCAAAGCUGUUAAAAGCACAAUCUCGUUUCAUUUCUGUCGAAAUACCGGGAAACGCGACUUUCUGGUAGUUGUGAAAACAAGACAGCAAUACUUUACCUCCGAUCUCGAAUGCGAGGGCACUUUCAAAGUGUGGACUCUGCAAUUCCAUGACAAAGAAAGACGCGUUUUGAGAAACAAUAAAACUGUUUAAACGUGUAACCUAUUUUUAUUCAAACGCGAAUCAGCGUUCGUGCUGAGAGAGCAAUAAAACCCCGCCCACGUGCUCUUCUGAUUGGCUGUAAUUUAUAACUGAUUUUGGUUGUGGUUGUUUUUUUUCGUUGUUGUUAUUGUUGUUAUUUUUAAGGAAAUGUAUACUUUUCCUCAGCAAUUGUGACGAUGAUAAUAAUAUUUAAUGGUAAAAAUGUUUGUUGACCACUGAAUUAGCAUAUUAUGAUUUCUGCAAAAAUCGUGAUAAUGGCGUGAUGGUGCUGAGAAAUCACUGCUUUUAUUGUAUCUUUGAUCGAAUAAAAAUAAGCCUUGGUGAG